AUUUGUUACGUGUUGAUGUUAGACUCUUGCGUUUUGAUUUCACAUGGCGUUGGAUCUCUCCACGCGUGUCACACUGCUGCGCCGCUCGCUAGCCUCGGAUCCAGCUGCGGAUCAUCAUCAGGUUCUCCGUUCCACUCCAUGGCCUUCCCUGCUGUGCCCCUCCUCGCCGCUCUGCUCCUGGUCGCCGCCACGCGGCUGUGGGACUACGUCUUCGUGCGCCUCGUAUGGCGGCCGUACGCCAUCACCAAGGGGUUCAGAGAGCAAGGGAUCCAUGGACCCUCCUACAGGUUCUUCAAGGGCUGCAACGAGGAGAUCAGGAGCAUGAAGGAGAAGACCGACGGUCUCGUGCUGGACGUCGGCGACCACAAGUACCUCCCGCGGAUCGCGCCGCACUACCUCGAAUGGAGGGCUCAGUACGGAGAACCAUUUCUAUAUUGGUACGGGGCACAAGCCCGAAUUUGCAUAUUUGACUACGAACUAGCAAGGCAAAUCCUUUCGAGCAAGUCUGGGCAUUUCGUGAAGAACGAUGCGCACCCUACUUUGUUGGCUCUGGUCGGCAAGGGACUCGGGUUCAUGGAAGGCUCUGACUGGGUGCGCCAUCGCAGGGUGAUCAACCCUGCUUUCACCAUUGACAAGCUUAAGAUUGUGACCGAGACGAUGCUGGACUUCGCCGAUAGCAUGGCAGGUGAGUUGGAAGCUGAAGCAUCCCAGAACGAGAACGGAGAAACACAAGUGGAUAUAUACAAACAUUUCAGCGAUCUGACAGUUGACAAUAUCGCCUACGCCAUCUUUGGAAGCAGCUACAAGUUAGGCAAACAAGUGUUCGAGGCACAAACUGAGCUGCUGGGGAUCACCAUGGCUACUUUCCUUGACGUGCCCAUACCAGGAUCCAAAUACCUUCCAACCCAAGCGAAUCGGCGAAAAUGGAUGCUGGAGACGAAGCUCAAGAGCUUACUCACGCGGAUCAUACAGCCACGGUUAGCAAGCGGUGAGCACGGAAACGAUCUGCUGGGCGUGAUGCUGGACUCCUGCACUGAGACCAAGCAAGGAGGGAAGCAGCAGCAAGUGGAUCGUCUGCGUCUCAGCUUGAGCAUGGAGGAGAUCAUACACGAGUGCAAGCUGUUCUUCUUCGCUGGCCACGAGAACACAGCCCUUCUCCUCACGUGGUCCGUGUAUUUGCUCAGCAUAUACCCCGAGUGGCAAGAAAGGCUCCGGAAGGAGGUCUUGAGGGAGUUCGGGAGGGACGCUCCUAACCCCAACGCGCUCAACAGAUUGAAAGAGAUGACAAUGGUGUUGUUCGAGACCUUGAGGCUCUACUCGCCUGCUCUCUUCAUGCAAAGGAAGACCCUGGCCGACAUGACCGUGGGGCCAAUAAAACUGCCCAAAGGCACUGCAAUUGUGAUACCCAUUCCGAUCAUGCAUCGAGACAAGCAGGCAUGGGGCGACGACGCAGACGAGUUCAGUCCGAUGAGAUUUGCGAAUGGGAUCACGGGAGCAGCGAAAGUUCCUCACGGCCUGCUGGCGUUCUCGAUGGGGCCAAGGUCUUGCAUCGGCCAGAACUUGUCGAUGCUGGAAGCCAAGUCGACGCUGGCCCUGAUGCUCCGCAAGUUCUCCUUCGCUCUCUCCCCUGACUACGUGCACGCGCCCGUGGAUCUCUUCACUCUCAAACCUAAGUUUGGCCUUCCCGUCAUUCUGAGGCCACUGGAUAAUGUUUUGAUUUGAGUUGGGCAUAUAGUACAACAGGAAGUAACUUAGGUACAUAUCAAAUUUGCUAGCUGGUCAAAACGUUAUAUGAUGUUCUCAACCCUCCGUUGUUCUAUAUCGUUGAAAACAAGUAUUUUAAUUUAGGUGCGGUUUGGUUUGGCGCUGCAAGCGAAAAUGGGGACGUAAAUCCGGAAUUAAUUAUAGCAAAACAUCUCUUCAAGCUUGAAGUAGUUCAUAAAUGAAGACUGGUAAAGUGUCUGUAAGUUGCUACAGAUUCUAUUUAUGUCUAAGUAUAGAACAUAAAACAUAAAAACACGGCUGAUUUGUUAGCUAGGUGGAUGUAAAUAUAGGUUUAGAGCCAAUAACUAUGGUUCAAAUCACCAUUUGUGCAUAAUUUUAAUAUUUUUAUUAUUU